GAGAACAUGAACACCGUGGAGGGCAGAGGUUUCACAGAAGAGCAAGAAGCUCUGGUGGUGAAGUCAUGGAGCGCGAUGAAGAAGAAUUCUGGAGAGCUGGGUCUCAAGUUUUUCUUGAAAGUAUUUGAGAUUGCUCCAUCAGCUCAGAAAUUGUUCUCAUUCUUGAAAGAUUCAAAAGUUCCUUUGGAGCAAAACCCCAAGCUCAAGCCCCAUGCCAUGUCUGUCUUUGUGAUGACAUGCGAAUCAGCAGUUCAACUACGGAAGGCUGGUAAAGUCACCGUGAGAGAAUCAAACUUGAAAAAGUUAGGUGCCUCUCAUUUUAAAAGCGGUGUAGCAGACGAACAUUUUGAGGUAACAAAGUUCGCACUUUUGGAGACCAUAAAAGAAGCUGUUCCUGAAAUGUGGUCACCGGAAAUGAAGAAUGCAUGGGGAGAAGCUUAUGAUCAGCUGGUCGCGGCCAUCAAAUCAGAAAUGAAACCCUCCUCCUCUUAGACUUUCAUCUAACUUACAUAGUUCCUUUCCUCUAAAAUUGAAUAAGAUUAAUAGAGAGCCACCCUGCAGGUCCCUGUUUGUGAAUAAAAGGGUCUGUGCUUUACUUUUGUAUGAAUAUAUAAUACUACUUUAUGUUGCUAUAGUA